AUGAACGAUGCGGACUUAAAACCAUCGAGGUUGGAAGUGGUGGUGUCGCAGCUGAAGCAGUUCAUCCGAGAUUUCUUUUAUCACAACUCGUUGUCUUCUCUCUGCAUUAUUGUGUCCCAUGAUCGUAGAGCGUUUCAACUUACCCCUCUGUCACGACACAUGAAGGAACAUCUGAAUGCUCUGGACAAGUUGACCUGCAGCGGGAAGUUUUCGCUCCAGCUGAGUCUAGACAUAGCCAUAAAGACAAUGGAACUUGCGCCCUCACAGUUCGCAAAAGAGAUCAUCUGUCUCAUAUCUUCCAUCAGCACGUGCGAUCCCCGCGAUAUAUACAAAACAAUCUCCAUAAUUCAAGAAAAACACAUUCAAUGUUCUGUCAUGAGUCUUUCUGGCGAAGUCUACUUGUUCCAGAAGCUCGCACAGAUCACUUCGGGCAUUUUCGCGGUGCCCGAAGACCCACAGCAAGUGCAUCAUUUUUUCUCUCAGCACAUCUCUCCUCCGAUUAAUAGCGAUCCAAUCGUUUUAGUGAAGCGCGAAGAUGGCGCUACGGUGACUCACAGGGAAAUCUGCGAGAUGGGAUUUCCUAAUAACGUUCAGCUAUCGCAUAUUUGCGCUUGCCACGUUCGGUUCUGUAGUAAAUUCUAUGAAUGUCCGCGAUGUCGGAGCUACGUGUGCGAAUUGCCGGUUCGAUGCCCCGUUUGCAUGCUGAUGUUGGUGGACUACACGCACCUCACACAGUCGUAUCAUCAUUUGUUCCCUCCGAAGAACUUUGAGGAAUGUAAUGAUCAUAAGCCUGGAAUAACGUGCUACGGGUGCUGUUCGGUGAUUAAAGAGGGAGAGAUUUGCUUGCAGUGUCCGAAGUGCAUGAAGUACUUCUGUCAGACGUGUGACGCGUUUGUUCAUGAUAAUAUUUUCCACUGUCCUGGUUGUUUAGCUCGAGAGUGGCGUGUUUGUUUGAUCUAUUUUUUCUGUGUGCAUUUUUCUUCGAAAUGGAUGUUUGAAAAAGAGAAUAUCCAUUUUAUUAAUUUUGGUGUAAUGAUCGUUGAGUUUCGGAUUCCCCUUCCUAUUGAAGUGAAAGAUUUUGAAGUAGCGCAACUGUUUAUGCUUAUUGGUCUCCAAGAAAGCGUAACCGGAGGCGGGGAAGGCGUUUCCGUUCUUAAGAAUGAACCAUUUGACAACACUGACGGUCAUCUCGGUAUUGCUGAAAUCAGUCAGGUCCCUAUUCCGAAGGAGAAGGGGCAGUACACUCUCAAGCAUUAUAUGAUAGGAUCGAUGGUUCCGUCUAUCAUUAAAAAGUUACUACCUGCCGAUGCUCUCUACUUUGUUGAAGAGGCAUGGAAUUGCCAUCCUCACUGUUUGACAGUGAUGACAAGUAACUACCUUUCCAAAGAAAAGUUCAAAGUCAUCGUAGAAUCGCGAUACGUAGAUGGAGAUGGGGAGAUCGAGAACGUGAUGGGUUUGGACGCUUCCUCUCUGAAAAAUCGAGAGCGUGUAAUAAUAGAUAUAGCAAAACAUAUGAAAGAUUCCAAGCCAGAGGAGGACAUAACAAAGUGGCAUAGCGAAAAGCGGAACUUGGGUCCCCUCCAGGAGAACUGGUACAAAGAGAGCAGUGUUCCACAUGUGAUGUGGUGCUACAAGAACGUCACAAUUCACUGCAAGUUCUUCGGUUUUCAAACGUUUUUGGAGAAAUUCGUUCGACGUCAGCAAGAAAUGAUCUUUCGACGUUCGAUGUGUCAGAUGAUCGUGCAGAUGGACAAGUGGGAUGGACUGACGCUCGAUCAGAUUCGCGUGAUGGAGCACAAGAACCAGGAGCGUCUUCAGGAUUUGAUUAAGAACGAGGAACUGUCUUCGGAAAUGAAGCAGCAAAAGGAAAACAAUCAGUAGCUUUGAGUGUGAA